GCCAAGCUGAUCGCUUAAACCCUGAAGACAAGGAGUUCAUAGCUAUGGAUUUUCCCUCAGAUUCACUUUCUAAAGCAAUCACAGCGUUUGGUCUUGAUCUUUACAAUGAGAUGAACAGAAGUGACACUCCCCAAAACAUCUUCUCCUCUCCUUUGAGCAUCUCAUGUGCCCUGAGCAUGGUCUUCAUGGGUGCAAAGGGAAGCAGUAAAACACAGAUGGGACAGGUGCUCCACUUUGAUAGAACUACAGAAGGGAUGAGACCAGCUGCUUCUGAGAGAAGACUGCCUGCGGUUUUGGCAGAACACCAAAGGGAGAUUGACCCUCACUGUCCAGUGGAAGGAGGAAUCAAUUUACAGUUCAAGAAUCUCCUUUCUCAACUGAAUAACCUUGGGAAUGGUUACCAGUUGAACCUGGCAAACAAUUUGUUUGCUCAAACAGGAUAUGAGUUUUUUCAGCAAUAUCUUACUGAUGUGAAGGAGAUCUAUGGAGCAACACUGCAAACUCUUGAUUUCUGUAAUUUCACAGAGGAUGCCAGGCAGACCAUUAAUGCUGUGAUUGACAAGCAGACUCAAGGAAAAAUCAAGGAACUUUUUGCCCCAGGUGUCGUCACAUCACAAGCUGUCUUGGUGCUAGCCAACGCCAUCUAUUUUAAAGCUACUUGGCAGCACCAGUUCGAUCCAAAGCUUACGACGGAAAGAGAAUUUAGGCUGAACGAGAACGAGAGCAAACCAGUGCCCACGAUGCACCAGAAAGGCAGGUUUAAGCUGGGUGGUGUGGCUGGAGUUGAUGCGCGGAUCCUUUGCCUCCCAUAUUUUGGUGAAGUCUUGUCCAUGAUGAUCCUGCUGCCAAAUGACAUCAGCGGUCUCAAGCAGGUUGAACAGGCCAUGAGCAGUGAGAAUUUAGCCCGCUGGGCUGCCUCUGAAAACAUGGAGGAGUGCCCCGUGGAGAUGUAUAUACCCCGGUUCAAGCUUGAAAAGGCCUUUGACCUCAACUUGGCUUUGCAAAGUCUGGGGAUGGUUGAUGUGUUCAGCGAAACCAAAGCCAACCUCUCUGGGAUGUCUCCCUCAAACCAACUCUUCUUGUCCAAAGUGAUCCACAAAGCCUACGUGGAAGUGAAUGAAGUCGGCACCGAAGCAGCCGCUGCCACCGGCGCUGUGAUUUCCGGCAGAUCUUUAGUGCAUUACGAACAGUUUGUGGCUGAUCACCCAUUUCUCUUCUAUAUCCAGCACAAUCCUACCAACACCACCCUUUUCCUUGGCAAAUUCUGCUCUCCUUAGAGGUCAAGACAGUUUCAC